CGGCGUCGACCGACGCGCCAUCUGUGGGCGCACGGAGAAGGCCGGGCGGGGAGAGUCCGCUCUCCUCCGCACGUCCUCCUCUCCGCGCGGGCCCCGCCCGCCCAAGACAAAACGUCCCAAACGCGGAGAGUUUGGCAGAGGCCCACCUCAACUUAGUAGAGCCUUCCACGUCAGCCCGUCUAGGAGGCAUCUCAAAGACCCGCGGUGCAGACGACACGUUCGCGCACCACUGCCACUUCUUCACUGCCCCGUAGUCCAGACGGACGGCGCGAGUGGUCACCGCUAGACCGAACCCCAACGAUGUCGAGGAUGGCGCAUCCCAUGCUGCUGCUGCUGGUUGCGGCGGCCGCGCUUCAACCGUCGGCGGCUGCGCGCCGAGAGUGCGGGCCCUGCGACCUGGACCGGUGCGAGCCCCCGCGCGGUCAGUGCCUGUCCGGCAUCGUGCAGGACGCGUGCGGCUGCUGCAUGGUGUGCGGCCAGCGGGAGGGCCAGCGCUGCUACCACCGCUCGGUGAAGGGCAGCCUGGCCGACGGGCCCUGCGGCGAGGACCUCGAGUGUCGUCCGCGGCGCGACCUGGCCCCCGGAGACCCCGCCGAGGCCCUGUGCGUCUGCUCGCGGCCGGAGCCCGUGUGCGGCUCGGACGGCGUCACCUACGACAACGUGUGCCAGCUGACCGAGCAGCGGUACAGGCAGAGGAACGGACUCGAGGCGGCCUCGCGGGGACCCUGCUACACCGCUCCCCGUGUGGUGACCGCUCCUGAGAACACCCGCAACCGGACGGGAGGCCGGGCCGCCAUGACGUGCGAGGUGACCGGAUUCCCCGUGCCCACGGUCGAGUGGCGCGUCGACCACGGAGACGGACCGCUCAAGGCACUGCCCACGGACAGCUCUCGCAUCAGCGUGCAAAGCCGCGGCGGACCGGACAGCUUCGAAGUGACCAGCUGGCUGCAGCUGCUCGACCUGCGUCCCGAGGACACGGCCACCUACUGGUGCGUGGGGGCCAACGAGAACGGAGAGGCCUCGGCCGCCGCCAAGCUCAACGUGCUGCCAUAGAGACGUUUCUUUUUUGUUGACUCAGCUUUUUUGUUACGUAUAUACACACUACCGUCUCGUACACUUCGUUCGCGUUUCUUUUUAUUUGUUUUUGUUUCGUCUAUGUGCCAGUGCCGCGUGUCUCGUUUCUCGAAGGUAAUGUUCUUGUACGGUUCACUUUCACAAAUACUUUCGGCGUCACAUGCUGUGACUGUAUAAACUAUACUACUUAAGAGACCAAAGCCGCUCGUUCUUAAUCUUCUACGAGCGUUAUAGUAUGACCUCUUGUGCCACCAUCCAUACACCCCCCCAAAAAAGAAAGACACAUAUGUUGCCGCAGAUCGUAGAGAAGAGAGACGUUGAUGCGCUGCGAGAUUGUCGCAGUGGUCACGUGAGGUUGCUAAAAGCAGACUACUGUCGCGAAAUGAUGUACAAUUUACAAAACGGACAUACUCACGCUAAAAAAAAGGAAGGUAGUGAAAUGGACGGUGUACCAAGAGAUAAAACUUGCCGUACUAACGCGCUCGUAGUAAGCCGUGUAGCAUGAACAUUAUGGCCGGUAUUGCAACUUAUGCUUGCAACUUAUGGCCGGAAACUUUUGGCCGGAAACCGUCAAAAUGGAGAUCGAAGAGAAACAGAGAAGAAACUGGCCACAUUUCUGACGACCCCUUUGACAACUGGCUAUCGCCAUUUUAAUGACGAUCCAUUCUCUACUGCAUUUGUACUAUACCAGCGCCAGUGACGACACAUAUGGAAGCACCAGCCCAGAUUCUAGUCGCGUGUCAGUUCACAUUACUCACUGCCACUGUGCUUCGCCAUAUGCCUGCAGGAUGUAGAGGGCGCCACGUACUUUCUUGUGCGCACAGACUCCUAGCUCCUGGCAAAGCCGUGCAUUUAAACGAGCAGCAAGCACUUCUUUUUUAUGGUGCUCAAAGUCCUGCCAGCCUGUUAUUUUCUCGUUUUCAACCGUUGGCACUUAAUUGUGUUCGGAAUUUACGAGCAGCAAUGACUUUUUUUUCCUUGUUGUGGAAAUCGGCAUUCGCUUGCGCGGUGUACUUUCGCUUUUUUUAGAGAAAAAUAUAUUGCAAUAAAGAACUUUACAAAAGUUG